GCAAGGCCUGUCAAUGGAUGGAGGAAAACCUCGUGGAAGCUGCCCGGGCACUCACCUCUUCUUAAGAGAGGACGAUGGAGGGCUUCAGGUUGUUGUACCGGGAGGAGCAUGGAAAGGAAAUGAUUACUCAGGUCGGCUCCUACGGCUUCAUGUCAAGCCAGAAGAGAGACCGGGAGGCCACCCAUGCCAUCUUGGCUGAACGAGAUCCCGAGUUCAACGCGGAGUCAUUCGUAGGGUCCUGGCCCCCAUCCCGGAUGAAAAGCCCGUACCUCCCUUCCCCUUGGAAUGAAAUCUCCCCGGCUGCGUCCGGUUAUUUUUGUAAAACUCCAAACUUGAAAUUUCCCUGGGUUAAUGAGAGCUCCAAACCUCAUGAGGAUGUUCUUCCAAAUGAACUUUUUGCAUUGUUGCGUGGUAAUGUUGGCCAACGCUUCGGCUUCGAUCCAUUUGGUGAAGUAAUCGAUGGCUACGAUUACAAAUUUCUUCCUUCCUUGGGCAAUUGGGAAUGCUCCAAUGAUAUCCACCCCGAAUCUAGCGAACGGGAUGACAUCCGAUACGGGGUGAUAGAAGGUCGCCGGUCUGCCGGGAUACUUGUAAAACACUUGGCAUGUUCUACAUUUGUGAACAUACCUCUCACAGUCCUGGACAAUCGUCGGCCAGUAAUACCCCAGCAAGAUGAUUCGCUGUGAGAGGGUUCGCGACAUUUGGUGUGCCGCCGGGAUACUUGGUGAUAGUAGGUCGCCGGUCUGCCGGGAUACUUGUAAAACACUUGGCAUGUUCUACAUUUU